GCAUGUGGAGUAUGUGGCAUCGCAGUCCACAGCUUACCGAGGACACUGUGGGAGCCCCUUCUCUUACCGACCACUGCACUUUAACUGAGUCCACACAAGAAACAAAGACAAUGCCGAACUGGGGAGGAGGAAACGAGUGUGGCGCGUGCCGCGGGACGGUUUACCACGCCGAGGAGGUGCAGUGUGACGGGAAGAGUUUCCACAAAUGCUGUUUCCUCUGCAUGGUCUGCAGGAAGGGCUUGGACAGCACCACGCUGGCUAUUCAUGACCAGGAGAUCUACUGCAAGUCCUGCUACGGGAAGAAGUACGGCCCCAAAGGCUACGGCUACGGCCAGGGGGCAGGGACGCUCAACAUGGACCGGGGGGAGCGGCUGGGAAUCAAACACGAAGAGACGCAGUCUCACAGACCGACCACAAACCCCAACCCAUCCAAAUUUGCCCAGAAGUUUGUCGGUUCAGACAAAUGUGCCCGGUGUGGAGACUCGGUCUAUGCCGCUGAGAAGAUCAUGGGGGCGGGCAAGCCGUGGCACAAGAACUGCUUCCGCUGUGCAAAAUGUGGCAAGAGCCUGGAGUCGACCACUCAGACUGAGAAAGACGGAGAGAUCUACUGCAAAGCCUGCUACGCCAAGAACUUUGGGCCCAAAGGCUUUGGCUACGGCCAAGGAGCCGGCGCCCUGGUCCACGCGCAGUGAUCACACGCCGUCUACACUCUCACCCAACAUGAACGCCCACCGGCCCUCCCCUCGUGUGUGCGUUUCUGUUGAAGUAGGUGCUAGUGAUUCAAAUAAAAACAAUUGACAAACCGAAA